UUAGAUUAUUCCCACAGAAAAGAUCCAGAGGGGACAAGUCUGGAGAACGUGAUGGCCAUUGAACAUGGUUUCGUCCUAUCCAUCUGUUAUCAGAUCGUUCUAUGAGCCACUGACGCAUGUCUUUUUGGAAAUGAGCUACCACGCCAACAUGCUGGUACCAAACAUGCUGCAAUUGUCCAAUGGCAAGUAGUUUAAUUAUUUGAUUACCGUCGUGUGUGGAUUUUAAGAUAGAAGUCAUCAUUCGAUGCCAUCGAAUGUAUUAUAAAGUAGCUGCUUAUUCCAGAUGCCACACCCACCAGUAGCGAUUCGCGCCUCAUCCAUAGACUGGCCACGUGGAGUUUUCCUUACGAGUCUAACAUCUAAGGGGCAGUUUUCCAUAAAAGUGCUGGAAGGCACUCUCCCCUUGGCAGAAAAUGUCAUGAAAAACAUCAUCAAUGGGAUGAGACAUGAGUCUAUGGGUACGACGUGGAAACAAAACAAUCAUCACAGUGGAUGGAAAAAUUUUACCACAACCCAAAAAGGUACGAUAAGUUCGAUCGAAUGUGGCGGUCUCACUUUUUUUCCCGUUAGAUUCUGAUGAUGUCAUUCACUAGGGAUUUCUUCUAGAAGGGAAGACUAACGAAUACUAUCUGGUGGUGAUGAAACGUCUUCGUGAAGCAACGAAGAAGAAGACCGACUGCUUGUAGAGAACAGCAAUAUUCCCGUCCAUACAUCACUGCUGAUAAGAAAGUUUUUUGCCAAGAACUCGACGCCACUUGUUCUCCUACCUCCAAAUUCACGGGACUAAGCCCCAGCAGACUUCUUUUGUUCCCCAAAGUAAAUUCGGCUUUCAAAAUUCGCCAUUUUGAAUCCACUGACGCCAUUAAGGCAAAUUCGCUAGCGGAGUUGCUAGCGUCAUCCCGAAAGAAGCAUUUCUUUCAUGGCAGAAAUACUGAAUUCGGUGCAUGGACUCGGGGAACUAUUUCGAAGGCGACAAAACUGGCUAGCUUUUAGGUUAAAUGCAAACAACUCCUAUUUGCAAAGUUCGCGAACUUUCCGGACAGACUUCGUAUUUGUGUCUACUGUAGUCUACUAUGUCUUGCUGCUUCAAUCUUGCUAUCCUCUUUAGCAGGGACGUCGAAAAUGUAUUAAUUUAAAUUUAUUUUACUGUAAGCAUCGCAGCGGAACUAAGCACCAUAUGCAUAUAUUCAUACAAUGAUGGAAAGAUCUCGUUUUGCAAUCUGGAUAAAUAUUAAACAUUCUGAAUACUUUUAACUUCAGGUUCAAUUUUAUUCCUUAUAAUUUAUAAAUAUUUCAAAAUAAACAGUAAACAUUUUCUUAUUGAAUAAGCCAAUAAACUAUGUUACGAAUUCGUCAAUGAAUCAUGAAAAACAUCUGCUCCAAUACAAUAAAAAAAAAACCGGAAAAUGACUUUUGUUUUUAAAAUUUCGGUAGAAACUGUUUUAUUGUAAUAUGAGUGAAGUACACUCUUUUAUACUUGAAAAUUUUUUCUUAAAAUGAAGGUAACAGCGGUUGUGUUUUUGAUAAGUUUCUCUGUGAUUUAUUGUGGCAGUAUUAAACGUUUAGAUGUAGAUGAAGUCAUCGGCAAUACAGCACAUCUGCAUGACGACAUCCAAAAGCUAAUGAUUUUAGAAGAAAGUGGAAAUAUAACUCAAACUCAAGCAAUAUUCUACUUUCUUGUAUUACACGAUUUCGAUAAAAAUGGACAGUUGGAUGGUCUCGAAUUAAUCGUAGCGAUAAAUCAUUCUGUUCUUCAUGAAAAUAACGUUGAGGAAGUCGUUCCUGAAUCAUUUUUCAUAGGCGCUGUGGAUGAUUUACUUCGUCUAGAUUCCGACUACAAUGGAUAUAUAUCAUAUUCAGAACUAAGACAGUCUUUUAAGAAAUUAAAUUAAAUAUUAUAUUUAAUUAAAGAAUUUUUUUAAAUAAAAGUGUGAACGAAAUUUUCUAAAAAUGCUGCAAGAAAUUAUUAAACUAUUUAUUUAAUUUGAAAUCUUAUGAUAAAAUGAAAAACAUUUCUCAAAUGUUUACGUUAUUAACGUAAUCCGUCUACAGUUACAUAGGGUCAUCAUAGCCAAAUUAUAAGAAAAGAGGACACUUAAUAAAUUCUGAAUCUUUAGUUUUUGUCUAUAUGUUUUUAAAUAUAUUUAAAACUCAGCCUAAAUUAAAAUUUACGUUCGAAAGAGGAUAAGAUGUCCGGGAAAAAGAGGACGUAUAGUAACCAGCGUGUACUGUACAGACUAAUGUCAUUUGAUAGUAAUAAAAAAGAAUUUAACAACAGACCUAAUCUGUAUUACAAUAUAUUCUUAUUGGGCUGUAAUUUGAAAAAAUUGUAGACUUAUAAAUUCUUACUGUCGUUUGUCUGUAUGUCGUUCCUUAAUUUCGAGAUUGAGGUUAGAUAGGUGAAAGCCGAGACUAGAUAUGGAAAGCUAAGGAUCAGGAAGCCCCAAUUAACUAUAUACGAAUUUCCAGUUUGGAACAGAAGUAACGUUAUUUCAAUCCAAAAAUUUUUCCCUGAAAGGAGUUAGAGAGAGAGAGAAACUCACUCUAUU